UUACUCUUUUAUUUAUUUUUAUUUAUUUUCUAAUUAAAAAUGAGCGAAACGAGAGUAACACGUUCUAACAAAAUUGAGGAAGAUGAUGGGAAACUUCAAUCGAAGAGAUUGGGCGUAAAUGUUUUAAAAAAAGUAUUCUUUAUAUCAGAGAAAAUUUUUAAUGAUAGCACGCAAAAUUUGGUGUUGGAACGUUUCUUUCAUCCUGGUAAAGAUAAAGCAACUUUAUUCAUAACUCGUGAUGAUAAAGAUAUAAUGGAAUUACUUCAAUUUGCUGAACCAAGACGAAGUUGGUUUAUCAAUGACGAAGUCUGCUCAGAUGGUCGUAUUUAUAUAACGGCUGAAAUAGAUGUGACAUUUUUCGCUUUACCGCAUUUAAGAAAACAUUGCACAAAUAAAGCAAUGGCUUUGGAUAGCAUACACGAUGAUGAGGACGAAACAGUGGCACGUCUUUUGACAUGCUUUGUACAACCAGAACUAUUAAGGUGCGUAACUGAUGUUAAAGUUGUGAAUGAUGUCUGCUAUUACAAAUAUAAUCAUGAAAAAACAUUGGCUUGGCUUUCAAUUAAAGUGAAAAAUGUAAUUGAAGCUUUAAAAAAGCAAGGAAUCUAUUGCGGUUCCAGCGCUGUUUCGCAGAAUUAUGCUCGCAGUGAAAAGGCUACUGAUGAGAUAAUCAACGAAAUGGAUUACAUACAAAGCGCCUGCGAUUACGUUGGCACCUAUUUGUCGCUAGAUUUCUAUGAAGAACUUGUCCAACAUAUGCAAAUUCCAUCGAAGAAUCCAGUUUUGACGGAAAAGUCUAUGCAAAAAAGAAAAUCAAUGGAAAAUCUGAGUAGCAGCAACAGUAAAAAGCGAAAGCUUGUAAAGGGGUCAUCAAACAAUUCAACAAAUUUGGAUAUAUUUGAGGAUAAUCGACAAAUGUUGACAGAUAGCCAAAGUCGUGACGAUAAGCGGGAAACUGUAAAGGAAAAGCUAUCAUCCAAAGAACGUAUUUUAAGUACUAAGGAGAAGCAAUUUGCAAAGGGAGCGAAAGGCAGCAAAAGUAUUGCAUCAUUCUUUUCUAAGAAGUCUACUUAGUUAAAGAUUUUCCUACCAUUUAGGAUCAGUUUUUACCCGAUAUUCAAUACUAGACUUUACUAUAAUUUUCUUUUAAUUCUAUUUGUAACAUUUAGAAAUAUGCUUAGAAUUCGUCUUAUACAUACAUAUUCUGGACCAUCAUAAAAGUUGUUUUAGUAAUACAUGUACUUAGCCAACCAUUCUUGGAUCGUCAUUGCAAGAGCGAAGACAAAAAUUAAAAAUUUGUUUUUAGCUAACACCCACAAAACAAGACUGAAAUUGGUGCUGGUUUGCUCACUUUAUACAAAGUAUAGCAUCUAGCCGCCAUUGUUAAGAAAUUAGAGUUCAAUUAAGGUAAGGGACAAAUGAUAAGAAAUUCCCUAAAAAAAUGAAGACCGCUCAAACUGUCCUAAUGUCCCUUCUUUCAUGUUUGGCCGCACUGACUUCAAGAUAUACAUACACUAAAAUGGAAAUAACUUUGUUAUUA